GAGCCUUUCUACCACCUCUUUGAUGGCCAAGCACUGCUCCACAAGUUUGACUUCAAGGAGGGACAUGUCACCUACCACCGAAGGUUUGUGAGGACUGAUGCGUACGUCCGAGCCAUGACGGAGAAGAGGAUUGUGAUCACCGAGUUUGGCACCUAUGCCUACCCAGACCCCUGCAAGAACAUCUUUUCCAGGUUUUUCUCCUACUUCAAAGGUGUGGAGGUCACUGAUAAUGCCCUUGUUAAUGUCUACCCAGUGGGUGAAGAUUACUAUGCCUGCACUGAGACCAACUUCAUAACCAAAAUUAACCCAGAUACCUUAGAGACAAUUAAGCAGGUGGACCUCUGUAAGUACGUGUCGGUGAACGGGGCCACAGCUCACCCCCACGUGGAGAACGAUGGCACUGUCUACAACAUCGGCAACUGCUUCGGCAAGAACUUUGCGCUGGCCUACAACAUCAUCCGCAUCCCCCCGCUGCAGGCAGACAAGGAAGACCCAAUAAACAAGUCAGAAGUGGUGGUGCAGUUCCCUUGCAGUGACAGAUUCAAGCCCUCCUACGUUCACAGCUUUGGGUUGACCCCAAACUACAUUGUGUUUGUGGAGACGCCAGUGAAGAUCAACCUCCUCAAGUUCCUCUCCUCCUGGAGCCUUUGGGGAGCCAACUACAUGGAUUGCUUCGAGUCCAACGAAACCAUGGGGGUGUGGCUUCACGUGGCAGAGAAGAAGAAAGGCAGACUCCUCAACAUCAAGUACCGCACCUCGGCCUUCAACCUGUUCCACCACAUCAACACCUACGAGGAUAACGGCUUUCUGAUCGUUGACCUCUGCACCUGGAAGGGGUUUGAGUUUGUUUACAACUACCUCUACCUGGCCAACCUCCGAGCCAACUGGGAGGAGGUGAAGCGGCAGGCAGAGAAGGCGCCGCAGCCUGAGGCGCGCCGAUACGUCCUGCCCCUAAACAUCGACAAGGCUGACACAGGUAAGAACUUGGUCACCCUGCCCUACACGACAGCCACCGCUACCUUGCGCAGUGAUGAGACCAUCUGGCUGGAGCCAGAAGUUAUCUUCUCAGGGCCACGUCAUGCCUUUGAAUUUCCACAGAUCAACUACAAGAAGUAUGGUGGGAAGCCUUACACCUACACCUACGGGCUGGGGCUCAACCACUUUGUCCCAGACAGGCUCUGCAAGCUGAACGUUAAAACAAAGGAGACCUGGGUGUGGCAGGAGCCCGAUUCCUACCCGUCAGAGCCCAUCUUCGUCUCCCAUCCUGAUGCCCUGGAGGAAGAUGAUGGGGUUGUGCUGAGCAUCGUCAUCAGCCCAGGCGCGGGGCCCAAGCCUGCCUACCUCCUCAUCCUCAACGCCAAAGACAUGAGCGAGGUGGCCAGGGCUGAAGUGGAGGUGAACAUUCCAGUGACCUUCCAUGGACUCUUCAAGAGGGCAUGAAGUUCCUGCAGCUCUCUGUUGAUGAGCACUCAACUGCCCUAAACCCCUCUGACCUCAUACUUGAUUUGCAUGGCUACUGAAUUCAGAGUCAGCGCUUUGGUUCUGAUGAUGAUUUAUCAAAUCAAUCAACCAGCUGCUUUUCAAAUACACCCUUGGUCAGCUUCCAGAUGCACAGCUGAAGAAGGCUGUGGUUGCAACCAAACACAACUCUGGGGUGGGAUGGGUGGAGGAUGAUUUGGGAGUUUACAACAUCAAACUCAGCAGCAGAGAGAAAGAUGCAGAAACCUGCAGAGCAUGAACUCGGCACCUGUACAGAUGGGAACAGACUCAGCUGGGUUGGGUGGGAGGAGUCAUCCAGUCCAAGUCCCUGGCCAUCAGCAGGGACAGGUGCAGCUAAAGCAGGUUGCUCAGAGCCCCUAACAACCUGAUCUGCAAUGGUUCCAGGGAUGGGGCAGCUCCCAUGUCUCUGGAAAACCAAAGUCAGGCUCUCACCACCCUCCAUGUCAAACAUUUCUCCCUUUUCUCCAGUCUGAGUUAGGAACCAUCACCCCAUUGCACUGUCACAACAGGCCCUACUCAAAACUCUGUCCCCAGCUUUCUGAUUAGUCCCUUUAAGUCUUGAAAAGCCACCAGAAGGUCUCCCUGGAACCUUUUCUUCUCCAGGCUGAACAACCCAAACUCUCUCAGCCUGGCCUCACAGCAGAGGGUUUCCAGCCCUCCCAUCAGUGCUGUGGCCUCCUCUGGCCCUGCCCCAAUAGGUCCCUGUCUCUGCUGAAAACUCCAGAGCUGGCUCCAGCACUGCAGGUGGGGGCUCAGCAGAGUGUAUCAGAGUGACAGAAUCCCCUCCCUUGCCCUGCUGCCCACACUGCUGGGGAUAAGCCCAGGACAAGGCUGGCUCAUGUCCAGCUUUUCACCCACCAGCACCCCCAAGUCCUUCUCUUCAGGGCUGCUCUCCAGCCCCUUCAUCCACAGCCUGGAUUGAUACCAGGGGUUGCCCGACCCAGACGCAGGACAGAUACUGAGCCUUGUUGAAUUUCAUGAGCUUCAUAUUUCCACUUCUUGAGGUCAUCCAGGUCCCUCUGAAGGGAUCUUGUCUCUCAGGUGGCUCAACCAGACUUCUCAGCUUGGUGUCAUCUGCAAACACGCUGAGGGUGCCUCCAUCCCACUGUGUCACUGCUGAAGCCGCUGACAGCACUGGUAGCGGUAUGGACCCUGAGCCCCACCACUUGUCCCUGAUCUCCACCUGCACAUGGGGCUGUUUGCCACUCCACCACCUGCUAUAGAGCAGUCUCUGUGCUCUGCUGUUUGCUCUGAACAAAGCUGGCUUUCAGCCUGUUUCACAGUGCCGUGGAUUUAAAUCUCCUCCUGCUCACUCCUUUGGUGUGCUCAGAGCAAAGUGAGUGCAGCCUUUGUGUAGCUGUCCUGGAAAUCCCAGCUGGAGGCCCAAGGCAGUGGGCACCAUUGUGUCUUACAUUAAGGCUGCAAAUUGCAUGUCCUAGCUUAAUUGGUUUUUCCUCUUUCCCAUUUCAUUUGCUAAAGUGCAGUUUCCAUGAUUCCUGAGUUCUGGAUUUCACGCUAAAAAGUGUUAUCAAGGAGCUGAAGCUUCUGUAGAGUUACUCCAGGCUUAACUCCUUCUUGUCUCAAACUCAUGUAGUAUGAGACUGUGGUUUAAAAUACAAACAAGUUGCUAACAGACCUGAA